AUGGGGAGCCUCGGGUCUGACACCUACCUGGAGAAACUUCUGGAAGGCAUCAGCAGGCUUCGCACCCAGAAAGCACUGUGCGAUGUAACACUGGAGGCAGAAGGGGUUUGCUUUCCAGCACACAAGAUCAUUUUAGCAUCAGCAAGUAAUUACUGCAAGAUUCUAUUUGUUGGGAACGCGACAAGGAUGGGGAGCGCAGAUGGAAGCAUCCGUCUGAACACUGUCAGUGCCGUGGGGCUGAGCAACGUCCUCAGCUUCAUUUACUCCAACAAAUUGGAUCUCUCCUUACAGAACAUCGAGGAGACAUUCAAGGCUGCAGAAGCCCUGCUGGUUGGAGAGGUGAUCAAACUGUGUUUUCAAUUUCUGGAAAGCUGCUUGAGUGGUGAGAACUGCAUGGACAUUCUACGCAUUGCCAAAAAACUUGGCCCCAUAGAGCUGAGAGAGAAGGCCAUGUGCUACGUAGGGCAGCAUUACAAACAGUUCCUGGGCAAUCCUCAGAGCCUGAAGGAUCUUGACAGAGGAGCCCUCUGUGAAAUCUUAGACAGGACCACCACAGAUGGGAGCAGUGAGCUGGAGCUGCUCAGAGCUGCUGUGAGCUGGCUGCAGCACGACCGCACGCGGCUGCAAUACAUGGGGGACAUUUUAAAGCGCAUCAGAUUCCCUCUCAUUCCUUUCUGUGAUCUGCAGCGCUACAUCCAGGAAGUCCCUUUGACGAGGCUGGACUGGGGCUGCUGCCGGCUCCUCCAGGACGCCCUGAUCCACCACUUCCAGCUCUGCACCCAGCUGUCCCGGCAGACCCCACACACCGCCCUCCGCUCCGCUUCCCCCGCACUGCUCAUUGCUGGCGGCAGAACCACCACCAACAGCAUCUGCAGGGAGAUGUGGGCUGCAGAGCAGAGUUGCAGCACCUGGCGCAAAGUUGGAGACCUCUGCGUGCCCCUAUACAACCACUGCAUAGUUGUCAUCGAUGACUUCCUCUUUGUCUUGGGGGGGCAGAGCACAUUCGAUCCCACAGGAAAGCAGCCAUUAAAUGAGGUGUUCCGAUUCGACCCAUGCAAUGCUUCCUGGCUCCAGCUCGCCAGCAUGCUGCAGCGGCGGACGCGCUUCCACGCAGACGUGCUGUCCGACCACAUCUUUGUGGUGGGGGGUGGGACGCUGCUGGGGACCCUCACCCACACCGUGGAGUCAUACCAGCCAGCUGCCAACAAGUGGGAGUUUGCAGCUCCCCUCCCCAUACCUAUUGCUGACCACGCAGGCGCAACCCACAAGGGAAUCCUCUACAUUUCAGGGGGUUUCUCAGCAGGCAGAACUUUACCAGACACCUUUAGCUUCCUCCCUCGCCUCCGGCGCUGGAUGCACAACCGUGCCAUGACCUUCCCCCGCUGUGAUCACGGGAUGGCUGCCACCAAAGAUGGGAUCUUUUGCAUCGGAGGAAGGACGCUGAAAGGAGUGGAGCAAUGGAUUCACGUCAGUGAGACAGAGUGUUACUGUCCUGUAAGCGAUCAGUGGACAACGCUCACACUGUCCCCGUUCAGCCGCUGCCAGUUCAGCAUCGCAGCCCACGGGUCGGUGCUUUACCUCACGGGGGGUGGAUUGCUGCAGCACAUGCAAAAAGACGACAGCGUUUUCCUGUACGACACCAAAGGGCAGGUAUGGAAGAAAGCCAGCUCCCUGCCUCGAGGUCUGGUUGAUCACACCUCCUGCAUGAUUAAGCUGCCCCAAGCAAACGCAGCUGGUGAGAUGGGGAGAGGCACAGAGUUCUGCCUCACCAGCAAAAGGGAGAAACCAAGUCUCAGCUUGUUAGCUGCUAAGAGACAGGAGAAGUAGGA